AUGGGCGUCUCGUCUAAGCUGCAUGACUACCUCCACACGGAAUACCAACCAGGUGAAAGGAAGCUCGUUCAGAAGAUUGAUUUUUUCAUUCUCACAUUUUGUUGUUUGAGCUAUUUCACGAAUUAUCUCGAUAGAUCAAAUCUCGCCAAUGCCUAUGUCUCUGGUAUGAAAGAAGAUCUUGGUUUCGUUGGCGAUCAAUAUAACCAGAUCAACACAUGCUUCACAGUCGGAUAUGUCAUUGGACAAAUCCCUGCGAAUCUGUCUCUACAUUAUGUCAAGCCGCGCUAUUUCUUCCCUUCAAUGAUGGUAAUUUGGUCUGGUUUGACCAUGUUAACGGCAUCAGUCCAGAAACCACAAUCCAUCAUGGCUAUCCGAUUCUUCCAGGGUAUUGCUGAGGCGACCACUUUCGUUGGCACCCACUAUAUCCUAGGCUCGUGGUACACGGAGCGUGAGCUCGGUAAACGCAGUGGCAUCUUUACAGCAUCUGGCCUCGCUGGCACCAUGAUCGGCGGCUUCAUUCAAACGGGUAUCUACUCUUCCUUACAUGAGAAGAGCGGAUUGACGGGUUGGCGGUGGCUGUUCAUCAUUGAUGGUCUCAUAACUAUCCCAGUAGCGAUCUAUGGGUUCUUAUUUUUUCCGGACACGCCUCAAACCACGACAGCCUUUUAUUUGACCGAUGCAGAGAAGGCAUUGGCCCUGUCGCGCAUACCAGAUGUCGAACAGAAGUCGCCAAUCACUUGGAAGUUUCUUAAGAUGGUGCUCACGUCCUGGUACUGGUGGGGCUUCGUCGGGCUAUGGAUCAUUGCUGGCGAGACAGAAUCUUUUUCCUCAAAUGCGUUGUUAUCGCUUUAUAUGAAGAGCCAUCCAACCAACAAGUACACAGUGUCGCAGCUCAACAACUACCCUACUGGUGUGCCUGCUGUCGGCAUAAUCUCAACCCUUUUUUGGGCCACCUUGACGGACUUUCUUAAUGGAAAACGCUAUCUGGUUGGUUACUUCAUUGGUAUCACUGGGAUCGUUACAUCUGCCAUGAUUUUGACGGCUUCGAAAGAUCCAACUAAUCCAGCUUCGACGGCAACCGUCUUUGGUGCGUACUACUGGGCAGGGGCUGUGUAUGCAUGCCAGGCGACAUUUUUUGCCUGGUGCAAUGAUACAAUGAGAUAUGAAGAUCCGAUGUAUCGUGCUGUGGUUUUAGCUGGCAUGAAUGUCGGUUCCAAUGCAGUAAACGCCUGGUGGUCCAUCAUUUUCUACGGCGCCUCAAUGGCGCCAUGGUUCGUUCGCGGUAUGUGGGCUAUGAUUGCAUGUUCAAUUGCAUUGGUCCUCUGGACUGGCGGUUUAGCCUUUUUGACUCGGCGGCAUGACCAGCGACGGAGACAAGAACAGGUGGAUUAUAUUGCCGAUGACGGGCAUGCAGUCGAUAAACAGACAUAG